AUGUCGCAAAAGCGCAAGCAUUCCGAAGCGACCGAAUCAUCGUCCUCGGCUCCCAAACCGUUCAAGAAGCACCGCGCUUUCAAGCCUGGCCAGAGCCAUGCUAAGUCAAAGAAGCGGCCGCACGUCUCGAGCGACAUCGACAAGAGCACCAGCACCCACGCGCUCAAGAGCCGGAUAAGAGACUUGAGGCGACUACUCGCGCACGUCGACAAUGUAGGUGAUCACAAGAUGUCUGCAAGUAAUAGGAUAGAGAGGGAGCGAGAGCUCGAAGCCUGUGAGCAUGAGCUACAAGAGAAGCUCGAGUCUAGUAGGGAGGCCGAAUACAGGAAGAAGAUGAUCGGGAAGUAUCAUCACAUAAGAUUCUUCGAUCGACAGAAGGGCGCAAGAAUACUGAAGAAGCUGAAGAAGGAGUAUGAGGCAGAGGAAGACGAAACAAAGAAGCAGGAUUUAGCGCGACGAGUGCACAAUGUCGAAGUCGAUGUCAACUACGCCAUCUACUACCCGCUCAUGAAAACCUACUCAUCCCUAUACCCGAAGUCGAAGAAAGGAAAGGCCUCGGAUUCGGACGAAGCGAUGGAAGAAGAUACCGAUGACAAGGCGAAUCGCGAGGUUGACGGACCAAAAGGCGAUCUUAAUAUGUGGAGAGCUGUGGAGGAGGCCAUGGCAGAAGGCACACUGGAUGCGCUCAGGAAUAGCAAGGAGGGUAUGCCUGCUCCUGUACCGAAGAAAGAGAAAAAGAAGAAGGAGCAGUCGCAGCCGCAGCAAGCUGUCAAAUUUAAGGAGAAGAAAGUGGAGGACAAGUUGGCUACAGCCAAGAACCGUCGUGAGAGGAGAGCACUCGGUGUGCAGGCACAAGAAGAGGCAGAAGAGAGCGACGGUGGUUUCUUUGAGUAG